AUGAAGACAAAUAAAUCGCGAACAAUCAACUUACUGACAUUUUUAAUCAUAUUUCUUUUGAUAAUCAGUUACUGGGAAUUGACACAAGCGCGAAAAUCAAAAUCAUCAAAGAAAACAAUAGUUAAACAUAAUACUAUUCAUAAAACUAUACACAAAAACUCUAAUAAGCAACCUACAAAAAUUCCUCAACAGAAUCAAAGACAACCACAACCUAAACAAUAUAAUUACACAUAUCAACUUCUACAAAAUAUACAACCAUUAAAAACUAUUAAAAGGCAAUUAAGAGCAAAUAUGAUCAGAGAUGAAUCGCAAUCAUUUAAUGCACAGCCUAGUUUUCAUAAACCCUAUGAAAGAUUAGAUAAUUAUCAACAAUAUAAUAAUUACUUAAAUGAAGAGGUACCCAAUGAUGAACAAGCUGGAUAUAUAUUACAACUUGGAAAUUAA